AUAUGCAUAAAUAAUGGAAUUAAAGACAUAAUUGUGCAUGAGUGCGCUCAGUUUUGUAGCCGGAUCACUUUUUGCGGUGAUUUUGUAGGGACGUAACCGAUCUAUGGUCGAAAUUUUCUUAGAAGUCUAAUGAACAAAACAAACCCGUCUUGUCACUAAAAUCACAUAUUUCACUUACGUUAUGCGUAAUUUCUAAAGAACAAAGUGUCUAAAUCCUUUAUUAUACGCGUACAGUACGAAUUACACCAAAAACUACACCGAAUUUACGAUUUAUUCACAUUUAUUUUCUGAAAAACAAAAUCACAACGAGAUUAAUUUGCACAGCUUAACUACGAUUACGGCAAUUUGACAUUUCGUAACGCUAGAUUGUCUAUGAAAAGCAAGGAUGGGUACAUUACAUCGAGUGUUACCUUAUCGAUAUAAGAUAAUGAAUGAUUCUAUAAUAACUGAAUUGUUGAUAUUUUUAAAGAUGAAAAUAGAUUUUGUGUUUAAUCAAUUCAUUUGAAAAAUUUGUUUUUUUAAUGAAUUUAUUGACAUACGAUUAAUAUGCUCACGUCUAUAGUGUUAUAGAUAUCUUACGAGUGUAUAAGCGAUAUUCAAAUACUGGUAUCGAUAACGUUAAAAUUUUGUUAUUUACCAGCUUUUAGGAUCACAGCUCUGCUGUGCGUAUUAUUAAUAAUGAUGAUCUUGAUUGUUUAAUAUUUCAUACAGUAGGUACAUUUAUAGAUAUGCAGUUUCAGCAAUAGGAAGAGUGAUUAAAGAUGUUUUUUGUUAAUUAUGCAUAGUGUAAUAAUUUAAUAAUAGCAAUAUAAAAAUAAAUAUAAUAAAAUGCAUAGUGUAAUAAUAUCGUGGUCCAGUGUUUUAUGUAUAAUUUUACAGUACUUUCAGAUAAACAGCGUCAAAAGACGUUUGUAGAGAGUGACAUUGUUACUUUUAUUGAACAGGGUUCUAGGGUAACAUAGAUAUGACAAAUAAUACCUAAUCAAAAAUGUACUGCGUACAAAACCAUAUUUUACCUAGUGCAACUGGUUUAAUUUCUUAUAUAAAAUAAUAUAAAAUCUACCGUUUUUUUAGAAUGGUAUCACUGUCUUUUUGAUUUUUGACAUGGCUACUCGACUUCCGAGCAACAAAGUCUCACAUUGGCUCGUCAUCGCGUCCAGUGUAGUCGUGUCAAUGCUUAAAUCUCAUCGUAAAUUGUUUGUUUUGUUUGCAUUUUGUUCGUUUUGUUAUUUGUUUUGUUUGCGUCCGUUAAUUUUGUUUGAGUUUUUGUUAAGUUUACGUUCGUUUGUGGCCUUUAUUUGUUUAAAGAUUCUAACGAAUCAGGUAAGGUUUAUUUAAUACUAGUAGUAAAUAAAACUACUGUAGGUACGGAUUUCCAUGCAGUUUUCACCAAUAUGUAGAGUGAUUCAAGAGGGAGGUUUUGAUAUAUAGUUUGUUAACAUUUUGUGUAAAUUGAUCGAAACUUUUUUCGACUCUUCCAACAAUACGCCAAUUGUUGGAAGAGUCGGAAAAAGUCAAGCCUGGGAGCUUUCAUAGAAAACGCUUAACUCAGUUUAUCUAAAUCGCAGCGGUGGAACGAAAUUCACCAGGCCAGCUAGUUAGUAAUAACAAUAACAAACAAUAAAAUCUCCGAAGUUUGUGUGGUGUUGUGAGAAAUGCUAAGCCAUAUUACUUUUAUAGGUACCUAUAAAAAUGAGUGGUUCUGAACCAAGCCCCGGACCUUCCCACUCCAAAAAACGGAACAGAAUACCAGACCCUGAGUCAUUUUUAAUGUCGCCCAUGAAAAAGAGGCCAAAUAGUGGCGGCCUUACCGCUAACGAGAAAAUGAUAUCUAUUAAUAUUUAUAAACAUCUCAUGCGAUCUUCUUCAACAUACCCCGAAAAAGGAGAAAUUACAAAAGCGACAGCACAAAUGAUGGGGACAUCAGAAAAAACAAUACAAAGAAUAAUAAAGGAAUACAAAAUUAAAGGGGAAGUUACCUCACCAAGUCGGUCUACGCCAAAAUACAGUAUCGUGGACAAAUUGGACGAUUUUACAAUGUCUGCUAUAAAGAGAAAAGUACACCAAUUUUUCUUUCGAAAUGAAUUGCCGACAAUAAAAAAAAUCACAAUGGCAAUAAAUGAUGACGAAGAUCUGCCAUCAUUUAGUUCUUCCACGGUAUCCAAGAUUUUAAAAAAACUAAAAUUCAAGUAUAUGAAAAGAACUAGGAAAAGUAUAUUAUUGGAUAGACCAGAUUUGAUGGUGUGGCGACGAACAUAUUUACAAAAAAUAAGAGAUUAUCGCAAACAAAAUAGAAAAAUAUAUUAUACAGACGAGACCUGGCUUAACGAAGGACAUACAUCAAAUUAUGUUUGGAAUGACCUCGACAUAAAAAGUAGUCGGCAGGCCUUUUUGAAUGGCCUGUCGACAGGUCUAAAAAACCCACAAAAAGGCAAAAGGUUGAUAAUUACGCAUAUCGGAAGCAGUGAAGGAUUCUUAGAAGGCGGACAGUGGAUAUUUGAGGCGAAAAAAGGUGACGGUGAUUACCAUGGAGAAAUGGAUGCCCAUAAUUUUGAAAAGUGGUUUGAGAAAAUAUUAAAUAAAGUGGAACCAGGGUCGGUUAUAGUACUUGAUAACGCGCCGUACCACUCCCGACUUGUAGAGCGAGUGCCCAAUAUGAGUUGGCGGAAGGCAGAUAUACAAACGUGGCUAAAAGGUAAAAAUAUAAGCUAUGAAGAAAAAGAUAUAAAAGCCCAACUGCUGACAAAGUUUGAAAAAAAUAAUUAUAAUAAAAAAGCUAUCGAUGUAAUGGCAGCCCACAAAAAUGUAAUUUUAUUACGCCUUCCGCCAUAUCACUGUGAGUUGAAUCCAAUAGAGUUAAUAUGGGCACAACUAAAAUCUUAUGUCGGGAGAAACAAUAAAACUUUUAAAAUCAACGAAUUAAAGGAUUUAAUCGAAGAAGGACUGAGUCAAAUUGGUACGGUGUCAUGGUCUAAAUGUAUAGAACAUAUCAAACAAGAAGAGGAAACAAUGAUGCAGCUUGAAGGUUUAUUAGAUGCUGCAUCAGAUAAACCGACCCAGAGUUUUAUUAUAGACGUGGGGGAGUCAAGUGAAGAUUCGGAUAGUUCUGAAAGUGAUUAAAAAAUUUAAAAUACUUUGUUGUAUUAUUUAUUUCAUACAAAAUCAAACAUUUGAUGAAAAAAAUACUAGGAAAGUUGCAUAUUUAUUAGUUUAGGUACCUAAGAAGCUCUCCAUUGAUAAACUCUUUACACCGCAACAGCCAUUGUUUGUUACAAAGAAAUGCAUUCAUAUAUAAUCAAUGUUUAUUGCCAGUUAUGGUAUCAGCUUACAAAAACACAAAACAAUAAAUAAAUAAUUCUCAUGUCGUAAACAGCGGUCCUGCUUUUGUUAUUGUUACAAGAGCACCACGUGUAUAGAAAUCUAAACUCUUAAAAGAAAAGUGUAGGUAAUGACACAAAUUAUCAUUAUAACUAUUCAUUAAUAACAAUAUUAUUAUAGGUAACUUAUAGUAACGGAUAUUUCAAGUAUACUCGAAAUUUCUUUAGAUGUCUUAUGAUCAUAACAAUUCUAUAGCGUAAAAGAUAUCUUACGAAUAGUAGCAUUAUUCAAACACUGGCAUGGAUAACAUAAAGUUGUAGCUGUAGAGUAAUAAUUAUGAAGAAGGGUAAAUGAGUUUAUUUUUUCAUGGAAACGCUGUGGUCUAUAAGUAUUUUCGUAAUAAUUAACUUUUUUUCUGACUAUUUUACAUAUUUCAAAAAUAUACAUGCAGGGCAGAGUCUACAGUUUUAGUUUAUUCAAAUACGGUUACCUAUACUGGGUGUAAGGGACAUGCUAACGAAAACUUAAUCCAGUGGUUCAGUACAUGAUUCUGAGUCUCUCAGCGUUGAAAUUUUUUGUCGGUCUUUUCACGAUAUUGAAUUUUUUUUUACAGUUUUUUUAAACUAAUUACAGCUUAGAAGUACUUAUUUCAUCUAUCUCAAUAUGAUUUUUAAUAAAAAUCGUCAAAUCAAGAUUUUUAACAAAAACUAGCAACGUAAAUUUAAUUUGCAAAAUGCGCGCGAUUGUUUUCCAAGAGGUCAAAUAGGCAGGUCACGACUAUACAAAGUCACAAACAAACUGCGCGACGUUGUAUUGCCGACCGCCGCCGGUGCCGAGGAAAAUAAUCUCUCUAACCUAAGCCGCGCGGCGCGGUUAAUAGGUAUUUUUAAAAUAUUGAAACUUUAGGUCCUUUCGCUAGACGCUACGCUAUUUUUUCUUUAGUUCGUGUUCGGCGGUCUGUUGACAAACAAACCAAAAAUUCAAAAACUUUUGUGUAUGUUUUAUGUUAUGUUAGUAGUGAUUUUCUGUAACGAAUACUCAUACAAUUGUGUCGUUUGUAUAGUGUGUGUUUGUGUGUGUUGACUGAGAAGUCUUGAAAUGCUUAGAUCAAAUCAAUUUAGUACUCAUGAAUAUCGUACCUACUACGACGACAGAACGUGCACACUUUUUUGAAGUAUAAGCAAAUCUUGGACGUUAGUACGUCCCCAAAAGAUUAAAGAAAGAGACGGCCGCGUGGCGCAGUUGGUAGUGACCCUGCUUUCUGCUUUCACGGCUGUGGGUUCGAUUCCCACAACUAGAAAAUAUUUGUGUGAUGAGCAUGAGUGUUUUCAAGUGUCUGUGUGUAUUUAUACAUUAUAUAAGUGUAUAUGUAGUGUAUUUAUACAUUAUAUAUUUAUAUGUAGUAUAUAAUUGUAUAUUAAUACUAUAAUAUCAACUAUCUUAGCACCCAUAACACAAGCCACUCUGUAUGCUUACUUUGGGGCUAGAUAGUGAUGUGUAUUGUUUAAGUAUAUUAAUAAUAAUAAUAAUAAAAAGAUUACCCCAUUUCUUAACCACGCGUACCCAUAGGCAUAAACCGUGCACCGUUCACCGUUUGUGACACGUGAUAUUUAAUUUCUUAAAAUGCACACAACCGAAAAACGUUACUAUACGUUCCCUUUUAAGAUAACGUAGUAUAGUAACGGAUAUUUUAGUUUAGGUAUUUCAGUUAUAACGAUACCUACUUGAUAUCGUUCCGAUGCCCGCCGUUAACUUCUCAACCCUACUGAUUGUCUCUGAUUCAUAGUCGGCCAUUAUUGUUGUGUAAAAAAGUCAUCUAAGUAAAUUUCGAGUAUAUAGUAUAAAAUUAUCAUUUGUUUAUGCGCCUUUUCGUACACUACCUAAGUACACCAGCACUAGAAAUAAAAAAGAAUUGAAAUUAUAGGGUUAAA